GGGGGGAGGGAGGGAGGGAGAGAGGAGAGGAGAGAAGAGGUGCCUCUCCAGCCAAGAGAAGAUGCUGACUCCGUGCGGGAGGCUCCAAACACUCGCCUUGAUCCUGUUCUCCAAGGGCUUCCCAUUCUUCUCGUCCAGCGAGAGCAACGUUGGGAGGAAGGAGAUCAAGAUCGAGGGAGACCUGGUCCUGGGAGGGUUGUUCCCGGUGCACGAGAAAGGGUCCGGGAUAGAGGAAUGCGGCCGGGUCAAUGAGGACCGAGGCAUCCAGCGCUUGGAAGCCAUGCUCUUCGCCAUCGACGAGAUCAACCAGGACACCUACCUCCUGCCAGGGGUCAAGCUGGGCGUCCACAUCCUGGACACCUGCUCCCGGGACACCUACGCACUGGAGCAGUCGCUGGAGUUUGUCAGGGCCUCGCUGACGAAAGUGGACGAAACCGAGUACAUCUGCCCCGAUGGCUCCUUCGCCAUUCAAGAUAACCUUCCCCUGAUGAUCGCAGGCGUGAUAGGAGGUUCCUACAGCAGCGUCUCCAUUCAGGUGGCAAACCUGCUUCGUCUCUUCCAGAUCCCCCAGAUCAGCUACGCCUCCACCAGCGCCAAGCUCAGUGACAAGAGCCGUUACGACUACUUUGCCCGCACGGUGCCCCCUGAUUUCUACCAGGCCAAGGCGAUGGCCGAGAUCCUGAGGUUCUUCAACUGGACCUACGUGUCCACGGUGGCCUCCGAGGGCGACUACGGCGAGACGGGAAUCGAGGCCUUCGAGCGGGAAGCCCGCCUGCGCAACAUCUGCAUCGCCACCUCGGAGAAGGUGGGCAGGUCAACCACCAAGCGGUCGUACGACGGGGUGAUGGGCGAGCUGUUGGUCAAGGCCAACGCCAAGGUGGUUGUCCUCUUCACCAGGGGCGACGACGCCAGGGAGCUCCUGGCCUCCGCCAGGCGCCUGAACAUCUCGGGUUUGACCUGGGUGGCCAGCGACGGCUGGGGAGCCCAGGAGGUGGUGGUGAAGGGGAACGAGGAGGUGGCCGACGGAGCCAUCACCUUGGAGUUGGCCUCCUACCGGGUGCGGCCCUUCGACAAGUACUUCCAGGCCCUCCACCCCCGCGGCAACAGGAGGAACCCCUGGUUCAAGGAAUUCUGGGAGCAGAAGUUCCAAUGUUCUCUGCAAGGCGGGCGUCAGGCCAAGCGACCCUGCGAUCGCCGGGCAGUGCUGAGCCGCUCCAGCUACGAGCAGGAGACCAAGAUAAUGUUUGUGGUCAACGCUGUGUAUUCCAUGGCAUCCGCCCUGCACCGCAUGCAACGGUCCCUGUGCCCGAACACCACCCAGCUCUGUGAUGCCAUCCUGCCCCUGGAUGGCAAGACUCUGUACAAGGACUACCUGCUCAAGACCAACUUCAGCGCUCCGUUCCGUCCCCCCAAUGACCCCGAGACCGAAGUCAAGUUCGACGAGAACGGCGACGGGAUCGGGCGCUACAACGUGUUCAGCUUCCAGAAGGUGGGGGCCCGCUACAGUUACCUGCGGGUGGGGCAGUGGGCCAAGGCCCUAUCCCUGGACCCCCACCUCCUGCACUGGCCCCGCCAGGUGGUGCCCACCUCCCAGUGCAGCGAGCCCUGCGGCCCCCACGAGGCCAAGAACAUGCAACCGGGCGACGUCUGCUGCUGGAUCUGCGUCCCCUGCGACCCCCACUCGUACCUGGUGGACGAGUUCACCUGCAGCGACUGCCCGCCGGGCACCUGGCCCAACGAGAGGCUGGACGGUUGCUUCGACCUGCCCGAGGAGUACAUCGGCUGGGCAGACGCCUGGUCCCUGGUUCCCGUCACCAUCUCCUGCGCCGGUUUCGCUGCCACCCUGCUGGUGGCCGCCGUAUUCGCCCGCCACCGGGCCACGCCGCUGGUCAAGGCCUCCGGCCGCGAGCUGUGCUUCAUCCUGCUGCUCGGGGUCUUCCUCUGCUACUGCACCACCUUCCUAUUCAUCGCCAGGCCCUCGCCCGCCCUCUGCGCCCUGCGCCGCCUGGUCCUGGGCACCUCCUUCGCCGUGUGCUACUCGGCCCUGCUCACCAAGACCAACCGCAUCGCCCGCAUCUUCGGGGGGGUGAAGGACGGAGCUCAGAGGCCCCGGUUCAUCAGCCCCGGCUCGCAGGUCUUCAUCUGCCUCAGCCUCAUCUCCGUCCAGGUGGUGGUGGUCUCGGUCUGGCUGGUAAUCGAGACCCCGGGGACGCGACGUCACACCGUGCCAGAGAAGAGGGAGUCCGUGAUCCUCAAGUGUAACGUCGGGGACUCCAGCAUGCUCCUGUCGCUGGCGUACGAUGUCCUCCUGGUGGUUCUCUGCACCGUCUACGCCUUCAAGACCAGGAAGUGUCCCGAGAACUUCAACGAGGCCAAGUUCAUCGGCUUCACCAUGUACACCACCUGCAUCAUCUGGCUGGCUUUCCUGCCCAUCUUCUACGUCACCUCCAGUGAUUAUAGGGUCCAGACGACCACCAUGUGUAUCUCGGUCAGUCUGAGUGGCUUUGUGGUGCUGGGCUGUCUGUUUGCCCCCAAGGUCCACAUCAUCGUGUUUCAGCCACAGAAGAACGUAGUGAAUCACAGACUCACCAUGAACAGGUUCAGCGUCACCACAGGACCCGGGUUCGAUUCCCGGGCGGCCUCCAGCAGUGCUCAGUACGUCCCAACCGUGUGUAACGGCAGAGAGACUCUGGAAUCCUCCGUUUCUUCCUUGUGACAAGACAUUGUACACCUUAAGACUCCCGGUCUGGCCGGUACCGUCCCCAACUCGCACACAGCAUCCGCCACGCGGAAACUUUCCUUUUGUAGAAAGCGUAAUAAUAUAACAAUAAUAAUAAUAAUCUUUGCAUUU